GCCAGCCUGCAUUAGCUCAGCUCUCAGGCACUCUCAGUCUCUGCUGGAAAGAGGAGCUGGGAGGAUGUGCGCUCUGGUACCGCGGCUCCCCACGGCACGCCGAGAAGACCGAGAGAAAUAAGGGAAGAAAGGCGAACCGAGAGACGAGGAGUCCUCCCAGAUCAAGCUGAGGGACCACGAGGGGGAAGGGAGCCUGCUUAUUGCCCGUGCGAAGCCCCCGCGUCGUUUUGGAAGUGCCAGAGAUUUGGGCCUUUUCCUUUUCUUCUGUGUUGUUCCCUUUCACAGACCAAGCUUUCUUCCUCCUCCUGCUUUUUACUUUCCUCCCCCGCGCCUUCUUUUCGGUGGAUAUGGACAGAAGGGUGAUUACUGCAGAGAAGCAGCAGCCGCCAGAACAUAUUUGAGCCGCUGGUGCUCGGAGCGUGGCACAGACUUUUUGUAUUUCUGUGGGUGGCGUGUGUGUGAGUGUGUGUGUGGUGGAGGUGUGGGAGGCGGGAUUGGUUUGCCUGGGGGGCUGGCUGAGGGGGUGAGUGCUCGGAUGAAGACCUCUUUUUGCCGUGACUCUCUGCUCCAUCGGGGCAGCUUGGAGACUUGGAGAUUUUGAAAUUGUAACGAACCAAGAGGAAAGAAGAGAGAGGCACGCAUACAAAAGGAUUUAUUUCCUACUGGUUAGUGGAUUGUUAAACCUGAGUGGGAAGGAGAAAGAAGCAAGGGGGGGUUGUGUUAUUUUAUUAGUUGUUUUUUUUUUUCUUAAAAAAAAUCCCUUAAGUGGAUUUGUACCAGGGUGGAAGAUAACUGGGGAUUUUUGUUGUUUGUUUUGGGAAUAGAAACUAAAAAAUGGAGACUGUAAGUAGAAGCAGCUUCCAGCCUCAUCCAGGACUGCAGAAGACCUUGGAACAGUUUCAUCUGAGCUCUAUGAGCUCCCUGGGUGGCCCCGCUGCUUUCUCAGCACGAUGGGCACAGGAGAUGUACAAGAAAGACAAUGGCAAAGACCCAGCAGAACCUGUACUGCAUCUUCCCCCUAUCCAGCCUCCUCCGGUAAUGCCCGGACCCUUCUUCAUGCCCUCGGACAGAUCUACAGAGAGGUGCGAGACCAUCCUGGAAGGGGAAACCAUCUCCUGCUUCGUGGUGGGUGGAGAAAAGCGGCUUUGCUUGCCCCAGAUACUGAACUCGGUGCUCAGGGAUUUCUCCCUGCAGCAGAUUAAUUCAGUGUGUGAUGAGCUACAUAUUUACUGCUCCAGGUGCACUGCUGACCAGCUGGAAAUCCUCAAAGUCAUGGGCAUCCUGCCCUUCUCUGCUCCUUCCUGCGGGCUCAUCACUAAAACUGAUGCUGAGAGGCUUUGUAAUGCCUUGCUUUAUGGUGGCACCUAUCCUCCUCACUGCAAGAAGGAAUUCUCUAGCACAAUUGAGCUGGAGCUUACAGAGAAGAGCUUCAAGGUUUAUCAUGAGUGCUUUGGGAAGUGUAAGGGACUCUUGGUGCCAGAACUUUACAGUAACCCCAGCGCAGCCUGCAUCCAGUGCUUGGACUGCAGGCUUAUGUACCCACCUCACAAAUUUGUGGUCCACUCUCACAAAUCCCUGGAAAACAGGACUUGCCACUGGGGCUUUGACUCUGCAAACUGGAGAUCCUAUAUCCUCCUCAGCCAGGAUUACACUGGGAAAGAGGAGAAAGCUAGGCUGGGCCAGCUCUUGGAUGAAAUGAAAGAAAAAUUUGACUAUAACAACAAAUACAAGAGGAAAGCCCCCAGGGUCCCUUCAGAUCCUCCUGCUUCCAAAAAGCCCAAAAUAGAUGACUCUGCUUCCCAAUCUCCAGCUUCUACUGAGAAGGAAAAACAGUCCAGUUGGUUACGGUCCUUAUCCAGUUCAUCUAAUAAGAGCAUUGGCUGUGUCCACCCCCGCCAGCGUCUCUCCGCCUUCCGGCCCUGGUCUCCCGCGGUGUCGGCCAAUGAGAAGGAGCUCUCCAGCCACCUUCCCGCCCUGAUCCGGGACAGUUUUUACUCCUACAAAAGCUUUGAGAAUGCUGUGGCCCCCAAUGUGGCACUUGCACCUCCAGCCCAACAGAAAAUUGUCAGCAACCCCCCCUGUGCCACCGUAGUGUCCCGGAGCAGUGAGCCCCUCAGCAGCACUGCCCAGCCACGGAAAAGGAAAACUGCUGCAGAGAACACAGCUGUCCCAGAAGCAGCAGCCACUGUUGCAGCCACAGUUACUGCCACUGAAGAGGAUAAGGAAUCAGAAGCUGAAAUUGAAGUAGAAACCAGGGAAGAAUUCACCUCCUCCUUGUCCUCGCUCUCCUCCCCAUCCUUUACUUCAUCCAGCUCUGCAAAGGACAUGAGCUCUCCCGGGAUGCAGGCCCCAGCCCCCGUCAGCAGUUCAUAUGAGGUUGCAACACACUCUGACUCUCACAGCAGUGGGUUGGAAGCUGAGCUGGAGCACCUAAGGCAGGCCCUGGACAGUGGCCUGGAUACAAAAGAAGCCAAAGAAAAAUUCCUCCAUGAAGUUGUUAAAAUGAGAGUGAAGCAGGAAGAGAAGCUCAAUGCUGCCUUGCAAGCCAAACGCAGUCUGCAUCAGGAGCUGGAGUUCCUAAGAGUGGCUAAGAAAGAGAAGCUGAGAGAAGCAACAGAGGCCAAGCGCAACUUGAGGAAAGAGAUUGAACGUCUGAGAGCUGAGAACGAGAAGAAGAUGAAGGAAGCCAACGAGUCCCGGGUGCGGCUGAAGCGGGAGCUGGAGCAGGCCAGGCAGGUCCGGGUGUGUGACAAGGGCUGUGAAGCCGGGCGGCUCCGCGCCAAGUACUCAGCACAGAUUGAGGACCUACAGGUUAAGCUUCAGCACGCAGAAGCUGACAGGGAGCAGCUCCGAGCUGACCUGAUGCAUGAAAGGGAGGCUCGAGAACACUUGGAAAAAGUAGUCAAGGAACUUCAGGAACAGCUGUGGCCUAAAUCCAGCAGUCAGCCCAGCAGCGACACCACAACAAGCCCCAUGGAGAACUGACCCAGCCCCCUCAGCUGACACCCCAAGGGCAGAUGUGCACAGUAAGGGAGGAGUGUGGGGACGUGUGUAAGUGCAUGUGUGAGUAGUUGUGUCCUGGCACACAGAUCUAUCCAUAUGGAUUCUUACUAGGGGGAAGGCAAAUGUUACUCUUUAUAACAGAAGCACUGAAUUACGCCUCUUUUUUUUUUUUUUCUCCAAUCCAUAUAGCACAACAUCUUACUGUGCCUCUAAAACACAAAGUGUUUAUAAACAAAAUACUUUUAAGUCCACAGCAAAUUUUCUACUGGCAAACUCCAAGCAAGCAGCAUCGUCCAACUAAAUCAGAGUGAAAGGCAAGCAUGGCCGUGUUUGUAUGUUGCCCUCCUGCCUGUUGGAACAUUUUGGGAUUUAAAAACAAACUUUUCUUAUAAGCUAUUUAAAAUAAUUCAUGACACAGACUUGGUAUUAAAAAAUUAACAAGAUUUUUAUAAUGAACCUUUAAAAGCAAGACAAAAAAAAACAACCUGAGAUGCACAAUUUUUAAUUACUUGGUUCUAGGCUUUGGGAUUCUUACCGUGGAAGCCCUCUGGUGAUGAUGCCAUUUCAUUAGCAGUUUUCCAGCCAUCCAAGAAGCCAUCACAGUUCUAAUCCCGUCACGUGGGUGUAAGAGAAUUUCAGAGUGCUUUUCCAAGUUGAUUUUUCCUUAGAAUUAUCUUCAUUUCCUAUCCUGAACACAAGAAGAAAGGAAGAUGCAGGAUGGACAAGGGAUUGAGGGGGUGGGAGGAGAAGGUGGAUGCUUUAGAAUGAGAAACCAGCCUUACAGCCUCCAGUGUCUGCAAAUCAUGCCAUCAAAAAUUUUUCUAAGGACAUCUUCAUUAAUUGAUGUGUUCAAAAGACUCACUUCAUCUAAGAGCACUUCAGAUUUAGAAAAAGAAGGAAAUAAAGGAAGGAAAUGGAUGAUCUGUUCAGUUGGUUGAGAAACAAAGCAGAAGACAUUUGCCUUUUGAAGUCAUUCUGAAAUCUUUACUUCAUCUUUCAGUUUCCUGGAAGACUCGUCUUCAUUGCACCAUCUUACCAUAAAUUCAGUAUUUACCUGCUUUUAUUUUGAACUGUCAGGAUUUCUGUGCCCAAGGAGAGUGCAACUUCACAUCAUCAAAUACUACAGAAAUGAAAUACAUUCUUGCUGCUGUGAAUAAGCCUACAUCUUUUUUUUAAAAAGAAACUCUUUUUUGUUUAGAAAAAAAAAAAAAAAAAAGAAAUUAAUGUUGGGAUCCAAGCCACAGCCCCGGAAUAAGAAGGCAGCAGAACUGCAGCCUGCCCUCACUGUCUUGUUGCUGGUGUUGGUGUUGAUUUUUGUUUUUUUUAAAACCUGCACUUUGUCAGAACCUCACUCUGCAUUUUGUUCCAUGUUUCUAAGUUUACAAGUUGAGCAUUCUAGGUUCCACCCUCCCUAACAGAUGUGAAAGUCGCAGACUCAAUUUCCCACCACGUGACACCUUGCAUCAUCAUUUACAUUUAUGCAAAGGAGGAUUCAGCAGUUACAGGGUGCUACCAAAUAUGAAUUCACCAAACCUGUGAGUUUCAGACCUGUUUUGCCUGGCUGUGUGUCUGUCUGGAGCUGGGAAGCAGCAGAGGCGCUCAGGAAGUGCUUAAAAAAUACAGUUGGUGCUUUACUGAACAAGAGAAGAGUCAUUUUCACCCAUAAACACUCACCUCUGACACACUCAAGCUUAUCAGCAUGAAGUGAAAAUUUGACCUGGGGCUGCAGAUGUGCCUUCCAGCUCAUUUUUCUUCUCAGCAGCUUGUAUAUCCAAUGCUGACACAUUGUUACCUUAAAGAAGAAAAAGAAAAAAAAAAAAUUAAAAAAGAAACCCCCCUGCAUCAUCAUACAUAGAAGUUAUUCUCAACAAAGAACCAUAUUUCCAGUAACCUUUGUUUGCUUUUGGACAUUCAUGCAAACUAUGUAACCUGAAAAAUCACUUCCCAGUAGACAGAAAGCGGCUUCCAAUCCUAAAAUCACAGUAUAUUGACUUACAGUACAGUAGAGAUUUCUUUUUUUUUUUUUUUAAACAAGAGCUGUUUGCUUGAAACCAUUAUAAUAACCAUUAUAAUAACUGUGAGCAUUAACAAAGAAGUUCAUAUAUAUGUUUUAGGUACAAAAAAAAAAAAGAAGAAAUAUGAAAGGAGUAGAAUUCCUGGGACAAUGUAAAACUGUUGGGAGCAAGAAGCAGUUCUACCAAGUAAAUCACAUGAACCUGUCCGUUUGCACAGGGGUUUGCCCUGUGAGUUUGGGAUGCUGGAGACUGAGUCUAGGUGCAGAUCUCCUCCUCUAAAGUGCAAUGCAAAAGGAAUUUUGAUUAUGCUUAAGCAGGUUUUUUUGUUGUUUUGUUUUUUUUUUUAAAUGUGGUUUUGUUUUUUUGCUUCUCUGUAUGUUUGUUUUUUUUCUCUGCGAUUAUUAAAUCAUAUGCAUGGAAUUAAAAUCUCUGCCAUACGUAUAUUCAUUAAUGGGCAUUAUUACUGUCUUAUGUAAAGGGUUUAUUUUGUUACGCAGUAUGCAUAAAAAUGUUCUCAGCCUUAUGAUUUCCAGAUCUGUAUUAUUCACUUAUUUCUUCAAGGGAAACGAAAUUAUUUUAGCUUUAGUUGAUCAUUGUGCAUUUCUAGUCUCCUGUGAGAAAUUACACAUAGAACAAAUGUGUUCCCACCCCAUGGGCAGCUUCUUUGAAGCCUUACUUUUUAAAGUGUUUUGUUUUUUUUAAGUUGGGUUUUUCCCUCUGAUCUUGGAUUGUGUCUCUCCCCUUAAGACUCAACAAAAACUGGCAGUGUCCAGCUCUGGAUUUUCACAGGAAAAGUGCCCCACUCACCUGCAGCAUCAGACAGUUUCUCUUCCUUGUGCAUCCAGGGAAGUGGACGGACUCUCUGGGCAGUUUCUUCUGGCCAUGUGAUGCUUUUAUCCUCCAGAAUUAUUGAAACCUGCAUUUUUUUCUUCAAAGGUAAAAAAAAAACCACACACAAAAAAACCCCAGUAAGUAAUCAAAAGCAGGUUGGAUGGGGCUUUAUGCAUUUUAUGCAGCCUGGUGUAGUGGGAGGUGUCCCUGCUUACAGCAGGGAGGUUGGAACCUGAUGAUCUCUAAGGUCCCUUCCAACCUGCACCACUCUAUGACUCUAUGGUCGUGUCAAACAAGCAGCAUCACCUGGGCUUCUCACGCAAAGGGACAGGAGCUGCAGGGACAGAGUCUCCCAGAUGAAGCUGUGACUGGCCCUGCAGCUGGUCAUUUUAUCAAGAGCAGUGCAAGAUCCAUGACCUUGAAAUGUUUAAGACUCAAUGGUAUUUGAUCCUUGGGAGUGAAAACAUCCUGGCAAAAAUAUUUCAAUAAAUUAUGGUUUUAAAUAAUUCAUAUUAAAUGAAUUGUAAGAAGACUGAGAACAAAUGUUCUACACCAGCAGUUAAUCAACUAGAGAGGUUUACAGGAUAGGAGUGCAUCUUAAAUACUUUUAUCUUUCCUAAAUACAUUUUAACAACAAAGUCUUAAUUAUUUCUGCAGAAGAUACAAUUUUUUUUUUCUAAUUCAGAAUUCCUGUGCAUGUAAUUUAUUGUACAAUUGUCAGAAGACGGCCACAGAGACACUAAUUCUGGGAAAGGACUGUCAAAACAGUGGCAAUCUUCAGAGAAAAAAGUCUCUCUAGUGAAGGUGCUUGAGGUGAGGGAGUUCUGUGUGUAAUUUCUGUGUCUGCAACACUUGGUAAAACAAUUGUCAGCCUGUUCAGAUGGAAUUGCAUUUGUUUUGACUUCUUGUUGAGUCCCUGCUGCAUUCCAUGAGCACUCCAGCCUGGGAGUGCAGGAAUUGUACAGUCGCAUCUUCCCAUUUCAUCUGCUCUUUAGUUUCCUUGGAGAAGUUCAAAGGGAGAAGAGGUGUUUCAUACAGGCUGUUGACUCUCCCUGUACUUAAAAAUAUAUUACUUGUAUAUUCAGUUUAAUUACUCAUUUUUUCUAUUACUGAAAGAAGACUUAACGAAGGGAAAAAAACCAACAGCAAUAACAUUCAUAUCUAUGGAGCAGCUAACUAGUAUACAUAAUAUUCUGCUUUUCAAACAGAAAUAGCCAAUGUAAAAAAAAAAAAAAAAGUUAAAAGUAAAUUCAACCUGUAAAUACUUUUUUUCAUUUUACACUGUUGUAUUAUAAGUGUAUAUGGUGUUUACUUUUUCAAAACUCUUUCUUACCUGGUAGUUGUCUUGUUUUAUGAGUUGUGUUUUUAACUAAGAAGAACCUUUGCUGUCUGUUAGGAAAAAAAACAAAACAAAAUCUUUUUGCAAGUUUUCCAUGUGGGUUAACCUCUUCAUCAUAUGCAUUUUAUUUGUCCUUAUUUUCACUGUAAAAUAUUUUAUUACCAAAAGGUUGAUUUUCUUCCCAUUCUGCCCUCUCAUCAGUCCAUGUGUUUUAGAGAGAAGGUUUUUUUGUUGGUUGGGUUUUGUUUUUGUUUUUUAAAUCAAAAGAACUCACAGAAAUGACAUUUUUUCAAUUGAAGAAAAACAAAUCUUUACAUUUAUAAUAGCCAAUAGCAUUUCAGCACAUUUUUGUUAUCCUGGUCUCUCCUAUGCUGCUGCUAAUGACAAUAUUAUGACUUACUCUACUAUUCUAGAACUAUUUUUAUGUAAGUAAUGUAUGCUUUCUUGUUUAUAAAUGCCUGAUUUAAAAAAAAAUAAGAAAAAAGCUUGGCAUAUUUAUCUAUUUCGCUGUGUACCUUGAUAGUCCUUUUCCACCCCCUUUUCCACAUCCCUUCCCCCUUGAAGCAGAUAAUAUUGUAAAAUAAAGGACUUUAUGAGAUUAUGUAUGAAAAUAGCUAUGCUUAUAUACCACAGUGACUGAAUGUACAGUGUAUAGACGCAUUACCUAAAAUAAAAUUGUUUGUCCAGAAAAAA